GUCGCAUGACUAACUUCAUCCGGAACGCCCUCUUGGUUGUAAAUGGUUGUUGUUCAUUGACUGUUUAGCACACACAGUGAUCCAAGCUAAGACACACCGACAUGGUAAAGAGUAGAUUUGAUCACAAUUUAAACCGUUGAACAAACUUGCAGCUAUAAUGGACGACCGUGCGCUAGACCUGACAGAGGCACAGAAAGCUACCAAGUCUAAAUACCCGCCAAUCAACAAGAAAUAUGAAUAUCUGGAUCAUACAGCAGAUGUACAAAUUCACUCCUGGGGAAACUCUCUAGAGGAAGCCUUCGAGCAGUGUGCCAUGGGCAUGUUCGGCUACAUGACAGACACAGAGACGGUGGAACCGAUUGAUACUGUUGAUGUGGAAUCAGAGGGUCAUGAUAUGGAGUCUCUUCUUUUCCACUUCCUAGAUGAUUGGUUGUACAAGUUUUGUGCAGAUCUCUUCUUUGUUCCCAGGGAGAUCAAAGUUUUGCACAUAGACAGAAUGCACUUCAAGAUCCGCUCCAUUGGCUGGGGUGAAGAAUUCUCUCUGGCAAAGCAUCCACAGGGGACUGAGGUGAAAGCCAUCACAUACUCCGCAAUGCAGAUCCAUGAUAAAGAAAAACCGGAGAUAUUUGCCAUCAUUGAUAUCUGACAAUACCUUCAGAGGGAGACCACUCUCCCGGUUCAAUGACACUGGAUAUAUCUGUGUGGCCAAUUUAAGUGACCUUUUAUCCAAAGCACUGCUUAAUGACUUGUACAAUCUGGGUUUCUGCUUGUGAGGUAAACUGAAUACUAUCAGAAUAAUUUCUCAAGGUCCUAUGUACUGUGUGAAAGUAGAUUGCAUGAUAUAGUAAGUGAUAUGACACUGGUAUUGUAAAAAUUGCAUUAUAUCAGAAAUCCCAAAACCAUGGAAAUAGUAGAACUCUUUAUUUAUAUGCACUUAUUGAAAAGUAAAACUCUAGAUGUAUUUUGGACAAUGUGUUUAGCUUUUAACUCAUCAACCCAGUUUGACUUGUAAUGCUUUUGCUAAUUCUUAUUUAUCACACAUUUGAAUUUAAUUGUGUUGAUGCCUUAUUUUUUUAUCAUUGUAAAUAAAUCAACAGAUUUGUAUUUUACUGCUGUGGGAUUGAUUAACUGGCUACUGGUACUUUGAAAUAAUAUAAUCUUGCUUUUGAAUAAAUCUUGCUUUUAAAUA